AUGCAUGUUACCGAUGUUAUCGAAGAAGAGGUCAUUGUAAGCCCAACGACAAGGGGGAACAUGAUUGUCUGGGUGCGGAGAAAGUUGACGCUUAAUUCCUACCUUUACUCUGCUUUAGGUGUCGGAUGUCCAGCCAUCCUCAUAAUAAUUUGCGUUUUCUUCAUUAGCCGGCAUCAUUACAAGAAAAAAUAUGCUUCUUCAAACAUGCUGGCGAAGAAUGCUAAUUCAGAUCCAUCCUCAAGAUCAGACCUGGAAGGGGGGAGUCUCCACUAUGGAGUUCCUGUUUACUCCUACAGCGAACUUGAAGAAGCGACCAAUAAUUUUGAUACUGAAAAAGAACUUGGAGAUGGAGGCUUUGGAAUUGUCUACUAUGGCAAACUCCGUGAUGGGCGGGAGGUUGCAGUCAAGCGCCUAUACGAGCACAACUACAGACGAGUAGCACAGUUCAUGAAUGAAGUUGAAAUCCUCACCCGCUUGCGCCACAAAAAUCUAGUCUCUCUUUAUGGCUGCACCUCACACCGCAGCCGUCAACUUCUUCUUGUAUAUGAAUAUAUUCCCAAUGGCACUGUUGCCGACCAUAUUCAUGGAGAACGAGCGACGCCGGGUUCACUCACAUGGCCGACUCGUAUGAACAUUGCCAUAGAAACUGCUACUGUAUUGGCUUACCUCCAUGCUUCUGAAAUCAUACAUCGCGAUGUGAAGACUAACAACAUUCUCCUCGACAACAAUUUUUGCGUCAAAGUUGCAGAUUUCGGGCUUUCUCGGCUGUUCCCCAAUGAUGUCAGCCAUGUCUCAACAGCUCCUCAGGGAACUCCAGGCUAUGUUGACCCAGAAUAUCAUCAAUGUUAUCAGCUUACUACUAAGAGUGAUGUAUACAGCUUUGGGGUUGUUCUAAUCGAGCUCAUAUCAUCUCUGCCGGCUGUUGAUAUAGCUAGGCAUAGUCAUGAGAUUAACUUGGCUAACUUGGCCAUAAACAAGAUUGAAAAAUCCGCAUUCCAUGAGUUGAUCGACCCACAUCUUGGAUUUGAGUCGGAUAAAGAAGUUGAAAGGAUGACCAUUUUGGUGGCACAGUUGGCUUUUCAAUGCAUACAACAGGACAAGGAAACAAGACCUAGCAUGGAUGAGGUCUUGGAGACUUUGAAGCAGAUUCAAAGUGGUAAUGAUGCGCCAGAGGAUCAAGAGAAGGGAUUUGAUGAUGAUGUUGUGAUCAUGAAUGUAAAGCCACCAAUUUCGCCGGAAUCUGAUGAGGUUGGGUUGUUGAAGACUAAACAGCUGCCACCUUCACCAAUUUCUGUGAACACUAAUUGGACCAGUAGGUCUACUACACCUAAUAUCAGUAGCUAAAUUUCUUCUCCGUGCUGCUAUGCUUUCGAGUAGGGAUAAGAAUAUGUUUAACACUCCU